UUUUGUGGUCAAAUGUAUCAAAUUAUCCGUCACUCCACAACGGAGCUCUAAAUAACAACUGAAAGAUCCAGGAGAACUCUAAGUGAACAUUCAGAAAUGGGUGCCAGCAACAGCAAGCCGCACACGGUGCAGAUGGCAAAUCCGAAGCCGCUUGAGAUCACUCGGGAUGUGUUCGAAAGAAUCGACCAGGCCUCCGCCAGGGGUACCUCCACUUGCGAGAAAUGCAGGCAGAGCCCCAAAAUGGAAUCAGGUUCCGAUAGUCCCACUACCAUGGAACACAAGCCUAGCGAAAUGCAUGAUGUGCGUGCAGUUUCAGUGGCCAAGUCCUGGAAAAGGCUCUCCUUUGAGGUCGAGAAAAGGGAGUUUGGAAAAUCUUUGAAGCGGACUCAAGAGUUGUUUGGCAAGCCUGUCAAAUGGGCGAAGGACUGCGAGGGCGAGAUCGAUAAGUUCGAGGAGGAACUGAUUCACUGCUACCAACGAUAUCCCAACGAGCCGCUGCAGUGCUCUAAUUUGGCAAGACAGUACCACCGGUUUGUCUUCUCCAAGCAUUACGCUGCAAUAACCAAAGCAAAGCCGGGUUCCGAUGGCUCCCCGCCCAGGAGAUAACCACCUAAGGAUGUCCUUUUUUGCUGUCAGCCGUGAUCCCAAAAUGUCUAUUUCCUUAUCCAUUCAUUAUAAUAGUGUAGUGUUUUCAAUUAAAUACAAUCGACGGAAUUUAAA